AUUUAUAAAUUUUCGAAAUAUUUAAAAGAAAAUAUUAAAUUAAUGAGAUAAUUCUAAAACCCUAAGUUUAAUAUCCUACCCUCACAUGUUCCCCGCGCGUGCUCGCGGCGCCGUCUCUGGUUUUCUCCACCGCAGCAGCCUCCCCUCUACUUGCAAGAAGCUUCGAGCUGCCGCAAUUGCCGUCGCCGCCUUCCCGUCUUGUCCAAGCCGCGACCAUCAUCGCUCGGCCCCGCCGACGCUGCCUUCCGCCAUGACCACCACCACGUCGCGUUCACUGCUCUCCCCGCCGAGAGUUUCGUCGCCGCUGCUCUCCCUGCCGUAAGCUUCGUCGAUUCCGCUCCAGUUAGUACGCUAGCGCUGCCACUGCGGAUUCCUGUGCUCCGCCAGCGUUGCUCGGCUGUUCUCGGUUCCCCGCCGAUAACAGCCAAAGCCGCCGCUUCCAUUUCCCCACCGCAAACCUCCGGCCGACACCCACUGCUGUCGUCUGAUACACAGAGUGAAGAUGGAAUUGACUGCUGAAGUAGCUGUUACUGCUGACAAUAAUGUUCAGGUUUUAAAUAGGAAACUGGAGCUAGAUCGAGUUUAUUCUAAAUUAGGUGAAAAGAUUACCAGAAUCUUUAGAGACUACAUGACAAAGGUUACCGAGUUUGAGGAGCUAGCUGAUGUGGGGAAGAGGUUUCUUACUAGAUUUAACAGGGUAAUAGCAAUGUUUAGGACGGUUGAACUUCAGAAGACUUCAAACAACAUCAGUAGGAUAAUUGAUGCUAACUGGAAUGAACAUAUGAAAACUUAUGUUGAAGCAGGGUGCAAACAACAGUCGCAAAGUGUUCAAAAUAUGUAUAAUUCGCACUCUUGUGUUUUGGGAUUGCGAGAUAAUUUGAAGAAUGCUGAAGCUUUGCUCAAUGAACUUGAUUGCCUAAAGGAAGAUGCAAUUGCUGUCACAGAAGCAUCAACCAAGAGUGCAACGGCUUUGGAUGACUCUUUUUGUGAAGAAAUGUUAAAAGAUAUUUCCUUUGAGGAAGAAAAGGAACCAUUGCCCAAGCAUCCUCAAGAUACAUCAAUAUCAGAAGUCAUGCUAAUGAAGAUCAUCAGUGAUAUGUUGAAGCUCGACUAUGCCAUGCAGAAAAAUAUUAUUUUGAACUUGAACAUUGGGACAAGUGUAUCUGAACUAGAAGGCUAUUGUCUCCUGUGGAAUCUGCAUCCGUACAUAGAUGAUGACAUUAUACAUCGGGAAUGGCAAUAUGUUCCCUCUCAUGAUCAUAGUUCACGAAAGUAGGCACCUCACUCUUGCGUGAGUGAGGUGGAAAUGAGGGUAAAUCAUGGCCUUUGGUUUCUUAAUGGA